UUCAUUCGAUUGUUUCACUUUUGCCUCCAGAAGCAUAUUGAAUGGCACAAAAGCUAGUGGGCGAGCAGAAUUCAGAGUCGGGUCAAAAUUGAAUUGCUGAUGGUUCGAAUGGAGAACUCAGCCUCCUUUUCGUUUCCCCGUCCAUUCCAAUUCCUCUCCCGGACAGGAGAGUCCUUCUUCAACCACAGCCAAUUACCUUCUUCUCACUGCCGCUCACCCCAGCCUUCCCUGCCUCUCUUCUUUCUCCUCAGUCAGACACUUCUAGCCCAAUUGUUCUCUGUUUUACCAUCCUCAUUCCCUGUUGAGAUGGUGAACAAGUGAAGAAAGACAGACGGUAAGAGUACCGGCCCAGGCUCAAAGGGAAAAGAUCACCGCCUGCUCUGGGUCUCCUACAACUUAGCUAUAGAAUUUUAACCCAGGACCCUGCUCUUUCAUUAUCUAAGAGAAGAAGUAACUCUAUCUAAAGACCUAAAGAUCCUUAUAUAUAGGAACCAUUCUUAGUUUGCCUAAUUCCUUUAAAUUUCUAUGCGUUCGUUCUCUGUUAAUUUGUUCUAACAAAUAGAGAACAUGUUCACCUUCCAUAGGAAGAAUUUCUUAUGGUGAGGUUGCAGGCUGCAACAUUUUAUCAAUCUGUAGAUGGGCCUAAAUUGGAUAAUUGUGUUGAAAAUUUGUAGUAAUGCUACUUAAUAAUAUACGAAUUGCCUUUUC